UGUACAGUAAGAGUCCAAUAUGGCAGCGGCGGCGGCGGCGGCAGCAGCAGCAACAGCAGUGGCAACGACAGCCAGAGGACCGGCCGCCCCCUAGACCCCGGCGCGCGGCCCCUCUCGCUGCUCCUCCUCCUCUCUCGGCCUGGGCUCUCCUUCGGCUCCACUUCCCCCAUUCUUCCUUCUUUCCCGGCACAGCGGGGAAAGCCGCGCAGGCGGGCGGGCGAGCGAGCGAGCUAGCGGUGAGAGGGCGGGCGGCCGGACCCCGGACACGGGAACCUCCCAGCCAAUCUAAGCCCCGACAUGAGGGAAAAGGGCCGUAGGAAGAAGGGCAGGACCUGGGCGGAGGCCGCCAAGACGGUCCUGGAGAAAUAUCCCAAUACACCCAUGAGCCAUAAAGAAAUUCUUCAAGUUAUACAGAGGGAGGGAUUAAAAGAAAUCAGAAGUGGAACAUCUCCCCUUGCAUGUCUGAAUGCAAUGCUGCACACCAACUCGAGAGGGGAAGAAGGGAUUUUCUACAAGGUUCCCGGUAGAAUGGGAGUAUAUACCCUGAAGAAAGAUGUUCCAGAUGGCGUAAAAGAGUUAUCAGAAGGUUCUGAAGAGAGCAGCGAUGGUCAGUCAGACUCCCCAAGUUCUGAGAACAGCAGCAGUAGCAGUGACGGUGGGAGCAACAAGGAGGGCAGGAAGAGCAGGUGGAAGAGGAAAGUAUCGUCUAGACUGUCACAGCCAUCUUCCCCCCAGUCAAGCUGUCCAUCUCCCUCCAUCUCAGCUGGUAAAGUCAUCUCUCCAUCCCAGAAGCACAGCAAGAAGGCACUGAAACAGGCUUUAAAGCAGCAGCAGCAAAAGAAACAGCAGCAGCAGCAGCAGCAGCAGCAACAGCAACAAUGUCGAACAAACAUGCCCAUCUCCUCUAAUCAGCACCUUCUGCUGAAGACUGUCAAAGCAGCCAGUGACCCUGUGCCCACUAAACCUGCAGUGUGGGAAGGAAAGCAGUCAGAUGCACAGUCGAGCAGUCCCCAGAAUUCAAAUUCUAGUUCCUCUUCUUCCGUUAAAGUUGAAAACCCCCUGCCAGGUUUGGGGAAGAAACCAUUCCAGAGAUCCGACAGGCUACAUACAAGACAACUGAAAAGGACUAAAUGUGCUGAAAUUGAUGUUGAAACACCUGAUUCUAUCCUGGUUAACACCAAUCUGAGGGCUCUAAUCAACAAGCACACAUUUUCAGUCCUUCCUGGGGACUGCCAGCAGCGACUUUUGCUUUUGCUUCCAGAGGUAGACCGGCAGGUGAGUGAAGUUGGUGCAGAUGGUUUGAUGAAGCUGAAUGGUUCAGCCCUUAACAAUGAAUUUUUCACCUCAGCUGCUCAAGGCUGGAAGGAAAGAUUAUCAGAAGGUGAGUUCACACCUGAAAUGCAGGUGAGAAUAAGACAAGAAAUUGAGAAGGAGAAAAAAGUAGAGCCAUGGAAGGAACAAUUCUUUGAGAGCUAUUAUGGGCAGAGUUCUGGGUUGAGCCUUGAGGAUUCUAGAAAGCUGACUAGUGCUACCAGUGACCCCAAAAUGAAGAAACCCCCAACUGAACAACCCAAACCCACACCACCUUCCGAUGAGCCUCCCAUCAAAACAGUGGCGGCAGCCCCUGAAGCAGAGUCUAAACCCGUGCAGCUGCUUUCCCCAGUAAAGAAAGAAUCAGGAGAGAGCACAGAAGAAGUGUCACCCAAACCCUCCCAAGCCUCAGAGCCUUUAGUUUCCUCAACUAGCAGUGUCACUGAACAAAACACAACAGGUCCUAUCACAGCCCCAGAGGAUGAGGAGCCCUCAGGCCAAAGGAAGCCAGUAACCUCUGCUGAGCCAAAGCCUGAAAAUGAAAGUCAUCUCACUGCAGCUACUCCCAUCAUCAAGGAAGACCAAGGCACAGCUAUUUUGACUCCAAGCAAACCAAAGAGCCCCGGAAUUGGAAAACCAACUACAAGACCAGUCACAGAAGAAGGUCCUCAGGAGAACACUGUGAAAGACGCCCCUCCCUCAGAGCACAGUGAUCAGAACCCAGAAGGUCUCAAGAGGAAAUCUUCACUCACCCAAGAAGAGACCCCCAUGAGCUGGGAGAAAAGGCCUCGUGUCCUUGAGAACCACCAGCACCAGCAGUCGCUUCAAGCCUCUCAGCAGCCCUUUCCCAUCAGAGGGGAAAGGGUCCAAGUUCGAAAAGUGCCACCACUCAAGAUCCCGGUCUCCAGAAUCUCCCACGUGCCAUUUCCUACAGGACAGGUCUCUCCCAGGGUUCGUUUUCCAGCCUCUAUCACUAGUCCCAACCGAAAAGGAGCCAGAACCCUUGCAGACAUCAAAGCAAAAGCCCAGCUGGCCAAAGCCCAGAGGGCAGCUGCCGCCGCCGCCGCUGCCGCUGCUGCCGCUGCCUCUGUUGGGGGGACCAUCCCAGGUCCUGGCCCCGGAGGGGGAGGAGAAGGAACCACAGAAAGAGGAGGGGAUCCAGGAUCAGGUGGAGCCAGUGAAACUGGAAAAGGGAACACACUGGAACUGGCAGGAACUGGAAGCAGGGGAGGUACGAGAGAGCUUUUACCCGAUGGUUCAGAGACUCAAUCCCAAAUUGAGACCAAGGCCCCAGGCCCGGCCUCACCUCACAGUGGCGCUAGAGCACAACUACAGCAAGCCCCCUCCUUACCAUCCAGAUCUGCAGUCAGUGGAGCAUGUCCAAGUAGCCCCUCACCAGCCCUCACUAACCCACCCCCCCCAACUUUAGAGAAGCAGAAGAGUGAAAAUCCAGGCUUCUCUUUGGGGACAGACAGAAUGGUUCCCUGUAGCCCUUCACAGACUCCCGGAAACUUCAGACAAGAGCAAGCACCUUCUCCUUCAGCAGGCUCAGCCCUGACCUCAGGGAGCUCACCUGCUCAGGUUACAGCAGAAUGCACAGUCGAGCCUAGAGCUAGUUCGAGGAAGGACAUAAUAAGCAGUGCAGCUGUAGUAGAGACAAGUCCUCACGCUCCCGUGGAGGGGGCACCUUCCUCUUUGACAACUUCACCAACAGCAGCCACUUUAGAACAGCCUGCGCCACCCCAGACCAGUGUUACUGCAGCACCUACUGUAUCAGCUCCAUCUUCUAGCACUUUGCCGACCUCUAGCCUUAAAGCCCAAGGAGCUUCCUCAAAUACAAGUGGUCCCACUGCACGGCCAAGCUCUAGUAUUCCUGCUAAUAACCCUUUGGUCACCCAGCUGCUCCAAGGGAAAGACGUUCCCUUGGAGCAGAUACUGCCUAAGCCUCUCACCAAAGUAGAAAUGAAAACUGUUCCAUUGGUUACAAAGGAGGAGAAAGGGACAGGAGCACCCAGGGACACCAGCAUCACGGGAACUAGUGCCAGAGGGGAAGGUAGUGAGAGACAGUCUCAUCUGUCUGCACCUCAGCUGGAGAAACUCCAUCAGAGUAAGCAGUUACCCCAGGUCCCAAGGACCCUCCACCUCUUCUCAGGAAAGGACCUGAGGGACUCCAACAUUGAUCAGUAUCCUUGCCAAGAAGGACUCAAUAAGGCAACCCAAGAGCAGCUCCUCCAGACACUCAUUAAAAGGGUUCAGAGGCAGAACCUGCUGUCAGUCUUGCAGCCCACCCAGUUCAGCCUCACUCACUCAGGUUUCCAGUUAGAGGACAUCUCUACCAGCCAGAGAUUUAUGCUGGGAUUUGCAGGCAGAAGGACAUCCAAGCCUGCCAUGUCAGGCCACUACUUACUCAACAUUUCCACCUACGGCCGGGGUUCAGAAAGCUUUAAGAGAGCCCAGUCCAUGAAUUCUGAGGAUCGUUUUUGUCUGCACAGCCCUCCUGAGGCCUUUAAAAUGGAACACCAGGAUUACAAGGGGGCUGUGGCAGAUGGCAGCAGCAGUAAGGAGGAAGAGGAGACUGAUGAAGAAAGUACUGAUGAUGAAGAACAACAGAUUCUUGUGAAGGAGGAGCCCUUAGCUUCCCAGGUUCCUGGCAAGUGCGAAGGAGGCGCAGGAACCUAUGGCAAAGAUACCCUAUCGACCUAUGACACUCUAACCAACAAGAAUAGGAAAGCUGAAGCGCCAGUGAUGGGUCAUGCCACGGUCAGCAAGGAGAACUUCCACGUCUUUCCUACAGGUCAGGUUUUUGACGGAAACACCCUGGCCAGAGAUUUCAUUCAGGCAGCACAGGAGCGAAUGGCCCAUGCAAUGAGGGGAAAGGUGAUAAAUAGUAGCCCUGAGCUAUAUGGUACUCUUCCUCUCCCCACAGAGAGCCCUACCCAUCAGCCCCUGCUCCUUCCACCACUGCAAACCCCAAAGCUUUAUGGAAGCCCACCACGCCAGCUUGGGCCAAGCUAUAGAGGCAUGAUCAAUGUCUCUACUUCUUCUGACGUGGACCACGGCUCUGCUGUGUCAGCAAUACCUGACUGUAAUCAGGUGUCUAGCAACAUGGGGGAUGUCAUGUCCUUCUCUGUGACAGUCACCACCAUCCCUGCCAGCCAGGCAAUGAACCCCAACAGCCAUGGACAGACCCUCCCUGUGCAGGCCUUCCCUGAAGAAAACAGUGUGGAGGACUCGCCUUCCAAAUGCUAUUGCAGGUUGAAAGCCAUGAUCAUGUGCAAAGGCUGUGGCGCCUUCUGCCAUGAUGAUUGCAUUGGCCCUUCCAAACUGUGUGUCUCCUGCCUUGUGGUCCGGUGAGAGACGGUGGAAGAGCAAAAAAUGAGAGCAAUCCUAGGGAGGAAGAAGUGGAUAAACAAGGAUACAGGGAGGCACAAGUGUGUACAGGUCCUUCUUUGGGAAUCACAGGAAGAAAUAACUCAUUUCAAUUGUCUUACUCAAGAGAUAAAUGUUACUUAAUCAGGAAUACAGAAUACAGUUUUUACCUUUUAAUGGAAGAGCACCUUGUUGUACAGUAAGUCUAAGUCAAACAAGACUUUGUGAAUUGUGACAAGUUUGCACUUAUAAAAUCAUGUAAAUAUGUCACAUUAUUUUGUUUAAAAAUUAUUUUUCCAAGUGUUUAGGAGAUAAUGUAUUACCGUGGACUCAUGUUUUGGUUCCAGUUCACAUGACUCAGAAAAGUUUGUUACCCUGGAAGAAGAGAGCCACUUCCCUCCCAACCUCUCCCUUGUGGGUCAGGCUAAGAAAGGAAGGUAGAGGGAAGGGCCAAUGGUAAUAGCUCUCCAUCCUAAUGAAGGCCUUGAAAUUUUCAUUGGAGAAAUUACUUGGCCUUCUUGAAGGAUUUGGGCACAGGGCACAUACUUAAUCCCUUUGCCUAAGAGAGAGCCUUGUUCAGUUUGGACAUUGCUAAGGCACUCGUUUCACGAAGAGCAUUGCAAACCUUUUUUUCCACCAGCUCUGACCUGCUCCUCUGCUUCUAGUCUCCCAGAAGCUGUGUGGCAUCUGAGCACUAUGCCUGUGGAUACUUGCCAUUCUCCUAAUCCCACCCACGUGCCCUGAGACAGGGUAGUCUAGGAAGGGUGCAGCACCUUGGGCCUGGCUGCCUGCUAGCUUUGGGUAGGGCAGUGAUUCCAGCAAUAACAAUGAGCACUUAGUUACUCCUGGGAGCUCUUGAGUAGGUCAGCAGCAGACAUUUAAUAAAGGCGGGGGGGGGGGGGGCAGUAGUAGAACUUGGGGUAUAUUUCCUUUCAGGUAUGUUUGAAAUUGUGGGGGCACGGAAGAGCAAAAACUUGCUCAGUUUUAACACUAGCCUUGAAAUAGUCUCAUCUUUCUUUCCUCAACCAGACACUCAGUUCUGAGCAGACAGUCCUUAGAUAGGAUAAGUGACUAAUGCCAUAGUCGAAGCUUCUGUUUUGGCCUGACAGGACACUGUGGGGCAUGUACUAGGCUAAUAAUUUAUAUAUUUUUAAAUUUAUAUAUGUAUAUAUAUAUAUAUUUUUUUUAAGACACAAGUCAGGCACUUUUCAUAUUUUUGAAAAUACCAAACCCUUAGUUUGUCUGUGUCUGCUCUGGAAAGCCUAAGAGUAAUGAUGUCUACGCAUGAGCAAGGGAGAAACAGUAGAUUCACCUGGGAGUACAAAACUAGAACAGAGGUCUGCACCCUGGCUAAAUAGGACUGGAAGUUAGCAUUGGCUUAGUGGGCCUAGCACCGCAACCAGAAUUUAGUAAAUUUGGGGUGAUCUUGACUUGCAAAAAUUGUCAUGUUGAAUACAAGGCCUAAUAUCAAGUGUGUAAAAUAGAAUUAUCAAUGCAGCUGACAAAUACAACUAGUUACAUUCAGACUUAAUAUUCAGGGCAUGGCAUUUCUGAAGUCCAAAACAUUUUAGAACUUAAAAAUUGAAUUACAUUCCAGAAUAGGAGGUAGCAGGAGAUACCUAUUUAGUAUUACUUGAUCCUUUCCCAUUUGACUCUCUCCACCCCCAUCCCUUUCCCUGCCCCCUUGUCUUUGUUCUUUUAAACUACACAAUCUUGACCCCCACCCCCAUUCCAAAUUUUGUAUAAGAUUUCCAUCCCCAUUAGUAGUCUCUUUGUUCCCCUGCUGUGGCCUGAUGCAGUCAUAGGACUGUGUCUGAAAUUUAUGCUCCAGCUGGCAUGAUAUUCUUCCAUUGUUGGUGCCUAUGCACAUCCAGUCCAGAAGAAGGAGGACUGCAAGAAUCCCAGAGUUGGCAGCAGCUGCUCCAAUUAAGGCACACAGCAGGAGGUCAGACUCCGGGUUUGUUCUGUUCUCUUUCUACCUGCAGGUAGAAAUGCUCUUAGCAAGUUAAAGAGGUUGUAAGUAGAGAAGAAUUUGGCGUGCUGGUGGGUAACUUCAUUCUGUCUCUCUACUUUCUUCCCUAUGCAGGUAGUGUAGUGGGGCUCAUCAGCAUAUAUGGGUCAGGGAAAGUUCUGGCUGCUCCUUAAAUCUAGGGAUCGACAAAUGAGUUAGGAAGGGAAACUUAAGGCGCAUCACAAGGCCAGUCUGUAUUGUCUCUUAAUUCAUGACUGCAGUUUUAAAAAAAACCCACAAAACUUAAACUUUGUAAGUCUUCACCAGAUGCUCUAACAUGUAGGUUAAUUAAAGCAAGCUCUCAAUUUUCAAAAUUUGUUAACAGCAAAAAAACAAGAAAUAGAUGUUUAUUUCCCCCACAAUGCAGUGUUUGAGUGCAUUCCUGCCCUGUCUUCUCAGACUGUCACAACUUAUAAAAAGGAUUAAGUCCAUUUUUCUGUUGUUGAUGAUCAUGUGUGAACUAUAAGGAAACCAGAGGGUGUAGGUCACAUCCAAUUUCACAUUCUCUGCUGGAAAAUAGCAAUGUUGUUCAAGUUGAAAGUCAUGUCUUGUAUAUUAAAGAACCUCCCCCCCCCCCAAAAAAAAAAACAACCUCCCAAAACCAAAACAUAACAAA